CAGACAAAAAGAAAUAUAAUUUUCAGUGUAGAUCUUACAGUUCACCUGCAUGUCCUGUUUCAUGUCCUGUAGUGCUUGGGCACUUAUAAAAGGACUUUCCCCAAUGUAAUCCACACAACUGCUAAUAAUUAUGAUAGAUGUCCUCCAAACUGGAAUUGCCCUCCAGACCAGGUGGUGGCGGUAACGUGCCCAGUAGCUGCUUCUCCAACCGUCAGAAAACACCGAAGAACAAAAAAGACACUGCAGGUUUUCCCCCUAAACAGCUGAGACCUGUUAUAAUGAGUUCAGCAGGUGACGGACCGCACUCCUCCAGAACGUCUCAUGCUGAUGAUCCUUCACAGGAGGGAGAGACUUCAGAUGGAGGGACAUCAGGAGGGACAGAGGUCUGUGUGAAGAAAGAGGAGACGCUAGACCUGCACAUCUACAACCAUGGAGAAAAUCACAAAAACAUACCUGAAGUUAUCUCCACUAAAGAGGAAGAAACUUACAAUGAAGACUACCUCUACUGUGAAGUUUGCAAAUCCUUCUUCUUCAACAAGUGUGAGGUUCACGGUCCGGCGCUCUUCAUCACCGAUACCCCUGUUCCCAUGGGAGUCGCUGACCGAGCCAGACAAACUCUUCCUCCUGGUCUGGAGAUUCGGAAGUCCGGUAUUCCUGACGCAGGCCUGGGAGUGUUUAAUAUAGGGGAGACUGUUCCAGUUGGUGCACACUUCGGACCCUUCCAGGGAGAGCUGGUAGACAGAGAGGAAGCUAUGAACAGUGUCUACUGUUGGGUGGUAUACAGGAGCAGGCACUGUGAGGAAUACAUAGAUGCCAAGAGAGAGAUGUAUGCUAACUGGAUGAGGUAUGUGAAUUGUGCUCAUAAUGGAGAAGAGCAGAAUCUAGUGGCAUUUAAGUAUCAAGGAAAGAUUCUGUACCGUUGUUGUCGACCCAUCGACUCAGGACAGGAGCUCUUCGUGUGGUAUGAUGAGGAGUAUGCCAAAGAUCUCAGGCAUACAUGUGACUACCACAGGAGCACAAAGUCCUCCACAAAUGAAGUAAACAACGAUCUGUUGCAAGUCUUCUCCUGCUCCUUGUGUACAUUUUCCUGUACAUCUCAAAUUGACCUCAACAAACAUGUCCAGAGCUACCACUACGAGGAGUAUCCGAGACAGCAGAAAUCAGAAAUUAUUAAAUAUGAGAUUCAGGUGGCCACAAAUGGCUCCAGUGAUCAGCAAACUUCCUCUGGUUCUAACACCCCUCAGAAAGAAAUGGAGGAAAAAAUUCACAACUGCUCAGAGUGUGGAAAGAGUUUUACUGAUCAGAAUGCUCUCAAAGCUCAUCAAUGCAAUCAAACCGGAGAGAAGCCGUAUCGCUGCUCAUAUUGUGGUAAGAGUUUUAAUCAUAAGAGCGUUCUCCGAAAACAUCAGCGCAUUCACACCGGAGAGAAGCCGCAUCGCUGCUCACAGUGUGGCAAGAGUUUUAUUCAAAAGAGUGAUCUCCAACAACACCAGCGCACUCACACUGGAGAGAGGCCAUAUUACUGCUCCAUGUGUGGGAAGAGUUUUUCUCAUCAUAGUCAUCUCCAACUACACCAGCGCAUUCACACAGGAGAGAAACCGUUUCAGUGCUCACAGUGUGGGAAGCGUUUCACUCAAAAGAGUAAUCUCCAAGUCCAUCAGCGUGUUCACACGGGGGAGAAGCCGUAUCACUGCUCACAUUGUGGGAAGAAUUUUACCCUUCAAAGUAAUCUCCAACUACAUCAGCGCAUUCACACGGGAGAGAAGCCGCAUCACUGUUCACAUUGUGGUAAGAGUUUUACUCAUCAGAGUACUUACCAGCGACACCAGCGCAUUCACACAGGAGAGAAACCGUAUUACUGCUCAGAGUGUGAGAAGUGUUUUAAUCAUCAGAGUCAUCUCCAGCGACACCAGCGCACUCACACAGGAGAGAAGCCGUAUCACUGUUCGCAGUGUGGGAAGAGUUUCUCUCAACAAAGUUCUCUUCAUGUACACCAGCGCAUUCACACAGGAGAGAAGCCGUAUCACUGCUCACAAUGUGGAAAGAGGUUUACUUAUUCACUUACGUUUAAGACGCACAAGUGCACUAACACAGACCCAUUACAUUAUUUGAAUUAUUUGUCAAAUUAGAUAUGAUUAAAAAUAUUUUUUUAAAGGAAAAAUAAGACUUUUAGCUUUAAAUAAUCUGCGUAAACUGUAUUUUUGCUUCUUUUUAUUUUGACAUUCUGUGGUAAGCAAUGUUAUGUUGUUUGUAUUAACUGGCUUUAACGUUUGAUUGUUACCAUAGCCAUAACAUAAAAUGCAGAAAUAUUGUGGAGAUGGUUUAAAAGUAACAAUGACUACGUUUACAUGGACAGCAGUAAUCUAAUUAUUGACCUUACUCUGAAUAAGAUAACAAUAUGAUUAAGGUGUUUAUAUGAGACGCUUUUAGAAUACUCCUGUCAUUUUCCCGUUUUACAUGGAAUAGAACAUAAUUAGAUUAACGGCACACGUCACUAUGUCACCGCGCCACGCCGUCCGAUGUCCCUCCAGAAUAUAUAUAUAUAUAUAUAUUCAGUGUGAGAGAGAGAGAGAGAGGAAAAAGCAAUUAUUAGACUUUUCUAUUAAAUUCUAAUAAACUACACGAAGUCAAUAUUUUGUAUAAGAACCAUUUGCUUUUUUAAAUGCAUCGGUAAUCUCCAGUACAUUUUAUACAAUAUUGGCCUUUCGGUAAUUUCUUUGAACUAUUCUUUUUCUGCGGCAGAAUGAUUGUACAACAUACAACAUCUUUAAUAUAAAACAAGAAUUUGGUUUACAAGUUUUAAUUUAUUUGGGGUUUUCUGUACACCUAAUAUUUA